AUGAAUGAUUUGUUCCUCACAGAAGAGGCCGCGGUGCUGCGGCGCAAAAUUUUUGAUGCGCGAGGUUUCAAGCAGUUCCAAGCCAUGAGGGAGAUUCUGCUGGCGGGAGACACAAAUCGUUUGGUCGCUGAACUUACCUUUGUAAGGAUAAAUGAUUUGGCAGCUCCCCCCGAGGCCGAGUCUCAUCCAGUGGCGCUUCUGGAACACGUCAUUACUUUCAUCAUCAUCGCCAAUGCUGUGAGCUUGAGUUAUAUGGCAGAUCCCCGCUACGAAGAUUGGGAGGGCUGGGCAUACGUGGAGCUGUUCUUUGCUUCAUUCAUAGUGCUUGAGAUCCUCAUUCGGAUGUACACCGAAGGAUGUCGUACUUAUUGGCGUGGACAAGAGAAAGCCUGGAACCUCUUUGAUGUCCUACUGGCAUCAGUCUCCUGGGCCGAUUUGUUGUUCUUCCAGAACAACUCGGAGCUCUUUAGCGCCUCCUUCCUUCGCGUUUGUCGCUUGAUCCGACUUGUGCGGGUCAUGCGCGUCUUCCGAUUGAAGGUCUUCAAGGACAGGGGCACAAGCCGCGACCCGGCCGGCUGA